GGGGAGGGCGCGGGCGCGGGCGCGGCGGCGGGCUGGGCUGGAGGCGGUGAGCGCGGCGCUCUCGCGUGCCCGUGUCUCCCUCUCUCUGCCUCUGCAGAAACAGCUCCUGCCAGAACGGCGCUCGGCGCGGAGCGGCGGAGCCUCUUCCUGCCUCCGCGCCUCCGGAGUUGCGGGAGCUUCUUGACACAGCGGAGCCGAGCCGGGGCCUCGGGUCUGGCCUGAGCAGCGAGACUCUUCUGCCCCUCGGGCCCUCCUGGUCUGGGGUCCGUCGCUGCCCUCGCCCCUCCUCUCUGCCUCUUCUCGCGCCGCCUCCCUUGGUUGAUUUUUUCAAACGGUGAAGCCGCCAGAGGUGCGGGGCUAAAUUCUUGGAAGGGGCCCGGAUGUACUGAGGAUGCAUUACAAUUUCACUCGAGGAGGCAAUAGUGGAAAGGAGCAGUUUUUGGUGUUUGAUGCAAUAAUGGGAAUCAGGUAAUCAUCAGAAGGGAAGAAGAAACACCGCAGCUCCACAGCUUCCUUGAAUUUUGCACGAAAGCCGCCAGCCUCGGAGGAGGGAUUAAUCCAGACCCGCUGAGGGUGUUUUGACAUUUCUGCCUCUUUGUGGCUUCUUCGCUUUUUAGAACAAUUUUUGGUGGAUGGUCAAUGAAAACACGAGGAUGUACAUCCCAGAGGAAAACCACCAAGGUUCCAACUAUGGGAGCCCACGCCCAGCUCAUGCCAACAUGAAUGCCAAUGCAGCGGCAGGGCUUGCCCCCGAGCACAUCCCCACUCCAGGGGCGGCCCUGUCCUGGCAGGCAGCCAUUGAUGCGGCCCGGCAGGCUAAGUUGAUGGGAAGCGCUGGCAACGCGACCAUCUCCACAGUCAGCUCCACACAGCGGAAGCGGCAGCAGUAUGGGAAGCCCAAGAAGCAGGGCAGCACCACUGCCACACGCCCACCUCGUGCCCUGCUCUGCCUGACUCUGAAGAACCCCAUCCGGAGGGCAUGCAUCAGCAUUGUCGAAUGGAAACCAUUUGAAAUCAUUAUUUUACUGACUAUUUUUGCCAAUUGUGUGGCCUUAGCGAUCUAUAUUCCCUUUCCAGAAGAUGACUCCAAUGCCACCAAUUCCAACCUGGAACGAGUGGAAUAUCUCUUUCUCAUCAUUUUUACUGUGGAAGCAUUUUUAAAAGUAAUAGCCUAUGGACUUCUCUUUCACCCUAACGCUUACCUCCGCAACGGGUGGAAUUUACUAGAUUUUAUAAUUGUGGUUGUAGGGCUUUUUAGUGCAAUUUUAGAACAAGCAACCAAAGCUGACGGGGCAAACGCUCUAGGAGGGAAAGGGGCUGGAUUUGAUGUGAAGGCGCUGAGGGCGUUCCGCGUGCUGCGCCCCUUGCGGCUGGUGUCCGGAGUUCCAAGUCUCCAGGUGGUUCUGAAUUCCAUCAUCAAGGCCAUGGUUCCCCUGCUGCACAUCGCCCUGCUAGUGCUGUUUGUCAUCAUUAUCUAUGCUAUCAUUGGCCUGGAACUCUUCAUGGGGAAAAUGCAUAAGACCUGCUACAACCAAGAGGGCAUAGCAGAUGUUCCAGCAGAAGAUGAUCCCUCCCCUUGUGCUCUGGAGACAGGCCAUGGACGGCAGUGUCAGAAUGGCACUGUGUGCAAGCCUGGGUGGGAUGGGCCCAGGCACGGCAUCACCAACUUCGACAACUUCGCCUUCGCCAUGCUCACGGUGUUCCAGUGCAUCACCAUGGAAGGCUGGACAGACGUGCUAUACUGGGUCAAUGAUGCCGUAGGAAGGGACUGGCCCUGGAUCUAUUUUGUUACACUAAUCAUCAUAGGGUCAUUUUUUGUACUUAACUUGGUUCUCGGUGUCCUUAGCGGAGAGUUCUCCAAAGAGAGGGAGAAGGCCAAGGCUCGGGGGGAUUUCCAAAAGCUACGAGAGAAGCAACAACUGGAAGAGGACUUGAAAGGCUACCUGGACUGGAUCACACAGGCGGAAGACAUUGACCCUGAGAACGAGGACGAAGGCAUGGAUGAGGAGAAACCCCGAAACAUGAGCAUGCCCACAAGUGAGACGGAGUCUGUCAACACUGAGAACGUGGCUGGCGGUGACAUCGAGGGAGAAAACUGUGGGGCCAGGCUGGCCCACCGGAUCUCCAAGUCAAAGUUCAGUCGCUACUGGCGCCGGUGGAAUCGGUUCUGCAGAAGGAAGUGUCGUGCCGCAGUCAAGUCCAAUGUCUUCUACUGGCUCGUAAUUUUCCUGGUGUUCCUCAACACGCUCACCAUUGCCUCGGAGCAUUACAACCAGCCGCACUGGCUCACAGAAGUCCAAGACACGGCCAACAAGGCGCUCCUGGCCCUGUUCACUGCGGAGAUGCUGCUGAAGAUGUACAGCCUGGGCCUACAGGCCUACUUCGUGUCCCUCUUCAACCGCUUCGACUGCUUCAUUGUAUGCGGGGGCAUCCUGGAGACCAUCCUGGUGGAGACCAAGGUCAUGUCCCCCUUGGGCAUCUCUGUGCUGAGAUGUGUUCGGCUCCUGAGGAUAUUUAAAAUCACCAGGUACUGGAACUCCUUAAGCAACCUGGUGGCAUCCUUGCUGAACUCCGUGCGCUCCAUCGCCUCCCUGCUACUACUGCUCUUCCUCUUCAUCAUCAUCUUCUCCCUCCUGGGGAUGCAGCUCUUUGGAGGAAAGUUCAACUUUGAUGAGAUGCAGACUCGGAGGAGCACGUUUGAUAACUUUCCCCAGUCCCUCCUCACCGUGUUUCAGAUCCUGACCGGGGAGGACUGGAAUUCGGUGAUGUAUGAUGGGAUCAUGGCUUAUGGCGGCCCCUCUUUUCCAGGGAUGUUAGUCUGUAUUUACUUCAUCAUCCUCUUCAUCUGUGGAAACUAUAUCCUACUGAAUGUGUUCUUGGCCAUUGCUGUGGACAACCUGGCUGAUGCUGAGAGUCUCACAUCUGCCCAGAAGGAGGAAGAAGAAGAGAAGGAGAGAAAGAAGCUGGCCAGGACCGCCAGCCCAGAGAAGAAACAGGAGGUGGUGGAGAAGCCAGCAGUGGAGGAGACCAAGGAGGAGAAAAUUGAGCUGAAAUCCAUUACAGCUGAUGGAGAGUCCCCGCCCACCACCAAGAUCAACAUGGAUGACCUCCAGCCCAAUGAAAAUGAGGACAAGGGUGUCUACCCCAACCCGGAAGCGACAGGAGAGGAGGAUGAGGAGGAGCCUGAGAUGCCCGUGGGCCCACGCCCACGCCCACUCUCGGAGCUGCACCUCAAGGAAAAGGCAGUGCCCAUGCCUGAAGCCAGUGCAUUUUUCAUCUUCAGCCCCAGCAACAGGUUUCGCCUCCAGUGCCACCGCAUUGUCAAUGACUCGAUCUUCACCAACCUGAUCCUCUUCUUCAUCCUGCUCAGCAGCAUUUCCCUGGCUGCAGAGGACCCGGUCCAGCACACCUCCUUCAGGAACCAUAUUCUGUAUUAUUUUGAUAUUGUUUUUACUACCAUUUUCACCAUUGAAAUUGCUCUGAAGAUCCUAGGCAAUGCAGACUAUGUCUUCACUAGUAUCUUUACAUUAGAAAUUAUCCUUAAGAUGACUGCUUAUGGGGCUUUCUUGCACAAGGGCUCCUUUUGCCGGAACUACUUCAACAUCUUGGACCUGCUAGUGGUCAGCGUGUCCCUCAUCUCCUUUGGCAUCCAGUCCAGUGCAAUCAAUGUUGUAAAGAUCUUGCGAGUUCUGCGUGUACUCAGGCCCCUGAGAGCCAUCAACAGAGCCAAGGGGCUAAAGCAUGUGGUCCAGUGUGUGUUCGUGGCCAUCCGCACCAUCGGGAACAUCGUGAUUGUCACCACGCUGCUUCAGUUCAUGUUCGCCUGCAUCGGGGUCCAGCUCUUCAAGGGAAAGCUCUACACCUGUUCAGACAGUUCCAAGCAGACCGAGGCGGAAUGCAAGGGAAACUACAUCACAUACAAGGACGGGGAGGUGGACCACCCCAUCAUCCAGCCCCGCAACUGGGAGAACAGCAAGUUUGACUUUGACAAUGUCCUGGCAGCCAUGAUGGCUCUCUUCACCGUCUCCACCUUUGAGGGGUGGCCAGAGCUGCUGUACCGCUCCAUCGACUCCCACACGGAAGACAAGGGCCCCAUAUACAACUAUCGCGUGGAGAUCUCCAUCUUCUUCAUCAUCUACAUCAUCAUCAUUGCCUUCUUCAUGAUGAACAUCUUCGUGGGUUUCGUCAUCGUCACCUUCCAGGAGCAGGGAGAGCAGGAGUACAAGAACUGUGAGCUGGACAAGAACCAGCGUCAGUGUGUAGAAUAUGCCCUCAAGGCCCGACCCCUGCGGAGGUACAUACCCAAGAACCAGCACCAGUACAAAGUGUGGUAUGUGGUCAACUCCACCUACUUUGAGUACCUGAUGUUCGUCCUCAUCCUGCUCAACACCAUCUGCUUGGCCAUGCAGCACUACGGUCAGAGCUGCCUGUUUAAAAUCGCCAUGAACAUCCUCAACAUGCUCUUCACUGGCCUCUUCACUGUGGAGAUGAUUCUGAAGCUCAUUGCCUUUAAACCCAAGGGUUACUUUAGUGAUCCCUGGAAUGUUUUUGACUUCCUCAUCGUAAUUGGCAGCAUAAUUGACGUCAUUCUCAGUGAAACUAAUCACUAUUUCUGUGAUGCAUGGAAUACGUUUGACGCCUUGAUUGUUGUGGGUAGCAUUGUUGAUAUAGCAAUCACCGAGGUAAACCCAGCUGAACAUACCCAAUGCUCUCCCUCUCUGAAUGCAGAGGAGAACUCCCGCAUCUCCAUCACCUUCUUCCGCCUCUUCCGGGUCAUGCGCCUGGUCAAGCUGCUGAGCCGUGGGGAGGGCAUCCGGACGCUGCUGUGGACCUUCAUCAAGUCCUUCCAGGCCCUGCCCUACGUGGCCCUUCUGAUCGUGAUGCUGUUCUUCAUCUAUGCUGUGAUCGGGAUGCAGGUGUUUGGGAAAAUUGCCUUGAAUGACACUACAGAGAUCAACCGGAAUAACAACUUUCAGACCUUCCCCCAAGCUGUGCUGCUCCUCUUCAGGUGUGCCACUGGGGAGGCGUGGCAGGACAUCAUGCUGGCCUGCAUGCCAGGGAAGAAGUGCGCCCCGGAGUCUGAGCCCCACAACAGCACGGAAGGGGAGGCGCCCUGUGGCAGCAGCUUCGCCGUCUUCUACUUCAUCAGCUUCUACAUGCUCUGUGCCUUCCUGAUUAUCAACCUCUUUGUAGCUGUCAUCAUGGACAACUUUGACUACCUGACAAGGGACUGGUCAAUCCUUGGUCCCCACCAUUUGGACGAAUUUAAAAGAAUCUGGGCAGAGUAUGACCCUGAAGCCAAGGGUCGUAUCAAACACCUGGAUGUGGUGACCCUGCUCCGGCGGAUUCAGCCCCCACUGGGCUUUGGGAAGCUGUGCCCUCACCGUGUGGCUUGCAAACGUCUGGUCUCCAUGAAUAUGCCUCUGAACAGUGAUGGGACGGUCAUGUUCAAUGCCACCCUAUUUGCCCUGGUCCGGACAGCCCUGAGGAUCAAAACAGAAGGGAACCUGGAACAAGCCAAUGAGGAGCUGCGGGCCAUAAUCAAGAAGAUCUGGAAGCGGACCAGCAUGAAGCUGCUGGACCAAGUGGUGCCCCCCGCGGGUGAUGAUGAGGUCACGGUCGGCAAGUUUUAUGCUACUUUCCUGAUCCAAGAGUACUUCCGGAAGUUCAAGAAGCGCAAAGAGCAGGGCCUCGUGGGCAAGCCCUCUCAGAGGAACGCCUUGUCCCUACAGGCUGGCUUGCGCACGCUGCACGACAUCGGGCCCGAGAUCCGACGGGCCAUCUCCGGAGACCUGACAGCUGAAGAGGAACUAGACAAAGCCAUGAAGGAGGCUGUGUCUGCCGCCUCUGAAGACGACAUCUUCAGGAGGGCCGGUGGCCUGUUCGGCAACCAUGUCAGCUACUACCAAAGCGACAGCCGGAGCACCUUCCCCCAGACCUUCACCACUCAGCGCCCGCUACACAUCAACAAGGCCACCAACAGCCCAGGCGACACCGAGUCCCCAUCCCAUGAGAAACUGGUGGACUCCACCUUCACCCCCAGCAGCUACUCAUCCACUGGCUCCAAUGCCAACAUCAACAAUGCCAACAACACUGCCCUGGGCCGUUUUCCCCGCCCCACCCGCUACCCCAGCUCCGUCAGCGCCGUGGAGGGCCAUGGGCCCCCCUUGUCUCCCGCCAUCCGGGUGCAGGAGGCAGCGUGGAAGCUCAGCUCCAAGAGGUGCCACUCCCGGGAGAGCCAGAUAGCCAUGGUGUGUCGGGAGGAGUUUUCUCAGGACGAGACCUAUGACGUGCAGAUGGGUGACGACGCGGAGUACUGCAGUGAGCCCAGCCUGGUCUCCACAGACAAGCUCUCCUACCAGGAUGAGGAAAGCCGACAGUUGGCACCGCCAGAGGACAGGAGGGACACCCGGCAAUCUCCAAAGAGGGGCUUCCUCCGCUCGGCCUCCCUGGGUCGGAGGGCCUCCUUCCACCUCGAAUGUCUGAAGCGACAGAAGAAUCAAGGGGGAGACAUCUCUCAGAAGACAGUCCUGCCCUUGCAUCUGGUUCAUCACCAGGCAUUGGCAGUGGCGGGCCUGAGCCCCCUCCUCCAGAGAAGCCAUUCUCCCACCACGUUCCCCCGGCCGUGUGCCACGCCGCCGGCCACGCCCAGCAGCCGAGGCUGGCCCCCGCAGCCCAUCCCCACCCUUCGGCUGGAAGGAACUGAGUCCACCGAGAAACUCAACAGCAGCUUCCCAUCCGUCCACUGCAGCUCCUGGGCGGGGGAGCCCACACCCUGCGAGGGGGGCAGCAGCGCCCCGCGGAGAGCCCGGCCGGUGUCCCUCACUGUGCCCAGCCAGGCCGGGGCCUGGGGCAGGCAGUUCCACGGCAGUGCCAGCAGUCUGGUGGAAGCAGUCUUGAUUUCGGAAGGACUGGGGCAGUUUGCCCAAGAUCCCAAGUUUAUCGAGGUCACAACCCAGGAGCUGGCUGACGCCUGCGACAUGACCAUCGAGGAGAUGGAGAACGCUGCAGACAACAUCCUCAGUGGGGGCGCCCAGCAGAGCCCCAACGGCACCCUAUUACCUUUUGUUAACUGCAGGGACCAGGGGCAGGACAGAGCAGGGGGCGAGGAGCCCGGGCCCUGUGGGCCCAGCCAGGAGCCUCAGAGGAGCGAGGAGGAGCUGCAGGACAGCAGAGCCUACGUCAGCAGCCUGUAGGAGCUGGGCUGGGAGAUGAUGGGUUUUUUAUUUGUCUCAAUGUUCCUAAAGGGUUCGUUUCAGAAGUGCCUCACUGUUCUCGUGACCUGGAGUUAACGGAACAGCGUCUUCAUUCAUUUCGUUGGGACAA